GUCGCGGGAGUUGAUGAAGCCGGCAGAGGGCCGUUGGCGGGUCCAGUGGUAGCGGCGGCUGUGAUCUUACCGGCAGAGGAGGAGGAAAUGCUGCGAGGCAUCAAAGACAGCAAGAAGAUGACGGAAGAGGAGAGGGAGGCGUGCUACGAGACUCUGACGCAGAGCAAGAAAGUGACCAUCGGGGUGAGCGUCAUAGAGCACGAGGUCAUCGACGAGAUCAACAUCCUCCAAGCGACCAUGCUCGGCAUGUCCUCGGCCGUGAAGCAGCUGGAGGAACCACCUGACUUUGUGCUGGUAGAUGGAAACAGAUGCCCGUCCGACCUCUCAGCUCCUUCUCAGGCCAUCGUAAAAGGAGACAGUAAGUGCAUGGCGAUUGCUGCUGCUUCUAUUAUCGCCAAGGUCACGCGAGAUCGCAUCAUGAAGGAGCAUCACGAGCGCUGGCCCGUCUACGACUUCGCUCAGCACAAGGGAUACGGCACGAGCCGACACGUCGCUGCUAUCAGCAAGCAUGGCCCUUGUCCGAUUCACCGUAAAACAUUCGAGCCUAUCAAGUCGCUGCUCGCGGCU